AUGAGGACUCCCAUGUCAUGGCGCAAUGAGAUGGGUCCGGUGCCAUACAUGGGGGCUCAACCGGGGCAAGCACGAGGGCCACGACCUCCUCAUGCGCAUAGCAACCAGGGCCCGAAACCCAAAUCUACACAGAAACGAGAUCACUCAUCUGCGUUCAGCAAACCUCAAUCAACUGCACCUCGGACACCCGCUGCGCCUGCUGUUCCAAGCUUUGGCAACCCUCUGCCUUCGAAGCCGCCACCCGCCGCAGAUUCUACGGCUAACAGAAAGGCAAAGAAGAGAAAACGGAAGCACAACCAACUUGGACUGACUCCUAAUGCCGAGAAUCACGAGUCAAGUGAAGAAGACGUUGAUGAAGAUGAAGAAUCGAAGCUGGCGCAAGGUGGAUCUGACAAAGCACCACUUCAGGUCUCAUACAAAGGGAAAACAUCUACGUUGCAAACACCUUCCGAUAUCGCCGCUUGGAUUGCAGAGCGGAGGAAAAAAUUCCCCACUCAAGCUCGAGUUGAAGAAAGGAAGAGGUCGAUGGAGGAGGCAAGGAUAGCCCGCGAGGCUACCCGUCAACAAAAGCAAAAAGAGCAACAGGAAAAGCGAAAAGAGCAUAUCCAAAAGCAAAAUGAGCACAAGACGGAUCUUACCGCAGAAGCAACGACAAACGCCCAGCGCAGGGAAAAGAUUCGGCGCAACCUUGAGCGAGAGGAGAGACGAAUCCAAAAAGCCAUGGCUGAGACGGAAGCUGCUCGUCUCCGAAUGGAAGCACUACAGAAGGAGGCAUUGAGCCUAAAUGUAGACUCUCAAGACGAAGAUUUGGGUAUCACACCCGGGCACCCACACCCUGCCCCGGGCCCAGCCCUCAUCGAACCCGACAACGCGGUCCCCGAGCCAGCUAUCCUGACUGAAGCCGGAACCACGGCGCCAGAGGGAAUCAUAAAAGCCGAGCCUCACGCUUCCAUUCCAGAGACCGCUCAAUCAGCUGUCUCAACUUCUCACCCGAUAGAGGCGCAUGGAGAACCCGAGGUCUUGCCCGAGUCCUACAAUAUCGAGCAUACAAUCAAGACCGAGCACCCUACCGACCAUGGUUUGGAUGACCUGGAGCUCGCGUCUGAUCAAGGGGCCAGUGACUGGACCUCCUCGAGUGCUUCUGGCUCAGAUUCCGACUCCGACUCUGGCAGUGACGACUCCGCGCCAGAGCAAGCAACCUCACGUCGCACGGGACCAGAGCGAGUGCCGCCUCCACCCCGUGAAAGCAAAAAGACCGUCUGCCGUUACUUUGCACGAAAUGGACACUGUACCCGUGGCGACCAGUGUAAAUUCCUUCAUGAGAAAAACUCUGAUCCAAGCUCCAAGGCCAAGGGAAAGCCUACGGAGAAGAAGGAGAAAGAGAUGAAACGCAAGGGACUUUAUCAAGCUGUGAGUGCCACACCUAUUGAUUUCGCGGCUCCCAUUGAAAUAGCACUGACACAGAUUAGUUGCUGGACCGACAGAAGCAAGACGAUGACCGCCGCGCAAUGGAAGUGA